UAUUUAUUAGAAGGGAGCGGAUAUCUAACUGGCGCUGCGCGGGGACAUAACAGGGGGGCAGGGGAACGAGUGGAACUCAGUGUUUCGGUGUGGUUGGAAGGCUCUGGUCUGAGUAAUGACGGGUCUCGGGAUCUGGAGUACGUUCGGUCGGUUUGCGCGGCUUCCUUUUCUCGCACCAUGCACGGUGCUGCUCUGCUUUCUUAUUCCAGAAUCUCUCUCCCACCCGCAGCCCUGUCAGAUUCUCAAACGGAUUGGACACACGGUGCGCGUCGGGGCUCUGCACCUACAGCCACGGCUCUUCAGUCACGAUCCCACCUUCAGGGGCAAGAAAGAACCCCUUGUCCCCGUGGAUGAAUGGGACACGGACGGAGGCUCGAGGGAGGCAGCGGAGAGACAGUUGGAAAAGAUUACCAAAAGUGUUAAUGACCACGGUUUACGCAGCCUAAGGACUAAAGGCACGGGGAACAACCAACAAAGGGACAGGGGGUCAAAAAGUAAAAAUAUGUACAAACAGGUGGAGAGUGGGAGUCGUGUGUUUAUGCCAAGAGAUUCUAUCAUAUUAGCCAUGGAGACGUUAAACCGCAUGGUCGGUUUGUUACCAUAUAAUCUCUCACUGGAGUUGGUGAUGGCUGUGGAAGCGGGGCUCGGGGAAUUACCCGCUUUCUCCUUCUCAUCUUCCCCUACCCCUGUGUGUGAAGACCCAAUGUCGUUUCUGCAGAGUGUUUGUCAUACUGUUAUAGUCCAAGGAGUUUCUGCUAUGAUGGCUUUCCCUCAGACCAGGGACGAGCUGGUGAAGUUGGAAUUCAUCGCGUCAGCUCUUCAGAUUCCUGUCAUCAGUGUUGUCCAGAACGAAUUCAAACGGCAGAGUAAGAACCCUCUCCAUUUCCAGAUGCCGAUGCAGAACCCGGCCCUGCCCCAGGUGGAGUUGCUCUACUCCCUGCUGGUGAUCAACAGCUGGUAUGACGUCAGCCUCCUGCUCUGUCAGGAAUGGAAUGUCUCCAGCUUCCUGGUUCGUCUCCGUAACAACACCAAGUUCCACCUGGGUUCUGUGGUCAACAUCACCAACUCCAGCACCUCGCCCAACUCUCACCCUAACAGCUCUGUCUCCAAGGCUGACUUCCAGACCUCUCUACGGGGAUACCUGGAGUCCAUCAAGGAGUCAACGUCUACAGUCGUAACAUUCGGCUGCGACAUCCGGGACAUCAAGAGGAUCUUUAACGUGGUGACCAAGCUGGGCCUGAUGCUGCCAGAGUACCACUGGGUGUUGGGGGACACACAGGACGUGGAGGAGCUGAGGACCGAGGGGCUGCCGGCGGGACUGCUGGCCCAUGGCAGGAUGGGGACUCCCUCCCUGGAUCACUACGUACAGGAUGGGCUGGAGCUGGUGGCCCGGGUGGUGGGGUCAGCUGCGUACCGCUCCCCUGAGCUCGCCCUCAUCCCCUCCAUCACCAACUGCAUGGAUACACAGAGUAGCCAGAACAGGAACAUGACCUCAGGGAAAUAUCUGUCCAGGUUUCUGUCCAACACGUCGUUUGACGGUCUGAGUGGUUUCAUCUCGUCCCAGGAGGAGACAGUGAUCUCCUCAGAGAGCCAUCACUUCAUCUGGUCCCUGCAACACGACCCCAUAGGGAAGCCCAUGUGGGCCAGGCUGGGCCGAUGGAAGCAUGGCAGGGUGGUACUGGACUACACUGCCUGGACCAACAAACAGUCGUCCCACCAGAGAGGUGACUGGCGGCGCCCGUCGCGGCUCCACCUCCGGGUGGUGACGUUAGUGGAACACCCCUUUGUCUUCACCCGGGAGGUGGAUGAGGACGGUCUCUGUCCCGCUGGUCAGCUCUGCCUGAACCCCCUCACCAACAACACAGCCCUUCUCCAGUCUCUCUUCCUCCAGAUGCGGGGGCCUAACGACAGCAUUCCCAUGGAGUAUAAGAAGUGUUGCUACGGCUACUGCGUCGAUCUACUGGAGAAACUGGCGGAGGACAUGGGGUUUGACUUCGACCUGUAUAUUGUAGGCGACGGCAAGUACGGUGGGUUUAAGAAUGGACGCUGGACAGGGCUGGUGGGGGAUCUCCUCAGCGGAGCGGCCCACCUGGCCGUCACAUCUUUCAGUAUCAACUCGGCCCGGAGCAGGGUUAUAGACUUCACCUCCCCGUUCUUCUCCACCUCUCUGGGCAUCCUGGUACGGACCCGGGAUACGGCCGCGCCCAUCGGGGCAUUCAUGUGGCCCCUGCACUGGUCCAUGUGGCUGGGGAUAUUCGUCUCGCUACACGUUACUGCCGUGUUCCUGACCAUCUACGAGUGGAACAGCCCGUUUGGGAUGACGCCGCGAGGCAGGAACAGAGAUAAGGUGUUCUCCUUCUCCUCGGCUCUGAACGUCUGCUAUGCCAUCCUGUUUGGCCGUACAGCUGCCAUUAAACCUCCUAAGUGCUGGACGGGGCGGUUCCUCAUGAAUCUCUGGGCUAUCUUCUGCCUGUUCUGUCUGUCCACCUACACAGCCAAUCUGGCCGCCGUCAUGGUGGGGGAGAAAACCUUCGAGCAACUCUCAGGAAUACACGAUCCAAAGCUUCAUCACCCAUCACAAGGGUUCCGCUUCGCCACGGUCCGGGAGAGCAGUGCCGAGGAUUACCUGAAGAAAAGCUUUCCAGAGAUGCACGAAUACAUGAGACGGUACAACGUACCAGCAACCCCAGAUGGAAUAGAACAUCUUAAGCAUGAUCCACAGCAACUUGAUGCUUUUAUCAUGGACAAGGCCUUACUAGACUACGAGGUGUCUAUAGAUGCAGAAUGCAAGACACUCACUGUGGGGAAACCGUUCGCGAUUGAAGGUUAUGGCAUCGGCCUGCGCCAGAACUCUCCCCUGUCCUCUAACAUCUCAGAGCUGGUGAGCCAGUACAAGUCAGAUGGCUUCAUGGAUAUGUUGCAUGACAAGUGGUACAAGGUGGUGCCCUGUGGAAAACGGAGCUUCGCCGUCACUGAGACCUUACAAAUGGGCAUAAAGCAUUUCUCAGGCCUGUUUUUGAUGCUGUGUGUCGGGUUGGUUCUGUCUCUCCUCACCACCCUGGCUGAACACAUAAUCUACCGCUUUGUCAUACCCAGAGUCAAGGACCCCAAGUUCAAGUAUUGGCUGCAUACUAGUCAGAGAUUACACCGAGCUAUGAACACAUCUUUCAACGACGAUAAACUGCAGACUGUGGCCAAGAAGGAAAAAAGGUGCAACGUGGGUAACCACCACCAACAACAACAGGAGCAGCCAUGCGUACCAUGGAACAGCUCAGAGUCCAACUGCAACUGCAACAGAAGGAAGCUGCCUCCUCAGGAGUCCCAUCUGGAGUACCCCCACUGUGACUGCCCUCUUCUUCCUCUUCCUCGGGUGAAGAGCCCCCUACAGGCCACCUCUAACGGGAGGACAGACCUGAUCCAGGUGGGUCUAAAAACCAGGACCAACCCCAUGCUGCAGGAGCUGUCCGAGCUGGAGACACACAUUACCAUCAUCAAACAGCAGCUGCACAUCGCCAUGAAGAAGAAGAGGGAGCUGGAGCAGUACCAGCAGACACAUAACAUGACAGAGUAGAGGAUUGGUACAAGCAGACACAUAACAUGACAGAGUAAUUACGCUAUAGAAAAGGUACCAAGUCAAUAGCGCGAGUGAAGACAUUACAAGCUGGUGAAUGAGGCUGUGAAGCUAACUCUGUUACAACUGGUACCAGCAGACACAAGAUAUCUGAAUAGAGGCUGGAGCUACCAGCAGAUACACAACACCCCUAAGUAGAGGCUGGAGCUACCAGCAGAUACACAACACCCCUAAGUAGAGGCUGGAGCUACCAGCAGAUACACAACACCCCUAAGUAGAGGCUGGAGCUACCAGCAGAUACACAAUACCCCUAAAUAGAGGCUGGAGCUACCAGCAGACACAUAACACCCGUAAGUAGAGUCUGGAGCUACCAGCAGACACAUAACACCCCUAAGUAGAGUCUGGAGCCAUUCCGGAGUAGAGGACUAGACAUAAGACAAACAGGAACACUGAGUAGAGGCUGGAGCCAUACCGGAGUAGAGGACUGGACGUAAGACAAACAGGAACACUGAGUAGAGGCUUGAGGAGUACCCCAACAAAACGAAACCCUGAUAUCCCUGAGUCCGAGAACAGCACAUGGGACUAGCAGGAGGACAACAGCCCGAGACCCAGAUACCAGCAGGACUAACCCCAGGCCCAGAGCACCAAAGAAAACCACCAUGGCUGCUCCCUGAGCCCUGGGGCCCUGGACACUGUCUGCUCUGCACCUCCAAUCUCCAAGAUCUCUCUGAUGAGUUAACCAGAAGGAACACUAUAUGCACCAAAAGCCUUGGAACCUGAUCCCUGUCCGGGAUGGAACCUGAUCCCUGUCCUGGAUGGAACCGGAUCCCUGUCCUGGAUGGAACCUGAUCCCUGUCCUGGAUGGAACCGGAUCCCUGUCCUGGAUGGAACCUGAUCCCUGUCCUGGAUGGAACCUGAUCCCUGUCCUGGAUGGAACUGGAUCCCUGUCCGGGAUGGAACCUGAUCCCUGUCCUGGAUGGAACCUGAUCCCUGUCCGGGAUGGAACCUGAUCCCUGCCCUGGAUGGAACCUGAUCCCUGUCUGGGAUGGAACCUGAUCCCUGCCCUGGAUGGAACCCGAUUCCUGUCUGGGAUGGAACCUGAUCCCUGUCCGGGAUGGUUUGACUGAGUUACAGUUCGAAUAGAGAAAUUAGUCCAUUUAAAUCAAUGCAUUAGGUUCUAAUCUGUAGAUUCCACAUGACUGGGAAUACAGAUAUGCAUCUGUUGGUCACAGAUACCUUAACAAAAAGGGGGCGUGGAUCAGAAAACCAGUCAGUAUCUGGUGUGACCACCAUUUGCCUCAUGCAGUGCAACACAUCUCCUUCGCACAGAAUUGAUUAGGCUGUUGAUUGUGGUCUGUGGAAUGUCGUCCCACUCCUCUUCAAAGGCUGUGCGAAGUUGCUGGAUAUUUGGUGGGAACUGGAACACGUUGUCGUACACGUCGAUCCAGAGCAUCCCAAACAUGCUCAAUGGGUGACAUGUCUGGUGAGUAUGCAGGCCAUGGAAGAACUGUGACAUUUUCAGCUUCCAGAAAUUGUGUGCAGAUCCUUGUGAUGAGGUAAUGAAUGGCACGAAAAUGGGCCUCAUGAUCUCGUCACGGUAUUUCUCGACAUUCAAAUUGCCAUCGAUAAAAUGCAAUUGUGUUUGUUGUCCGUAGUUUAUUCCUGCCCAUACCACAACCCCCUCUGUUUACAACGUUGACAACAGCAAACCACUCUCCAGACGACCCAGAGGCCCACACAACACCAUCUGCCGUAGAGGUGAAACCGGGAUUCAUCCAUGAAGUACCCAUUUUCUCCAGCGUGCCAGUGGCCCUCGUUGAACAUUUGCCCACUGAAGUCGGUUACGACGCCGAACUGCAGUCAGGUCAAGACCCUGGUGAGGUCCUGGUGAGCACGUAGAUGAGCUUCCCUGAGACGGUUUCUGUUUGUGCAGAUAUUGGUUGUGAAAACCCACAGUUUAAUCAGAUGUCCGUGUGGCUGGUCUCAGACGAUCCCGCAGGUGAAGAAGCCAGAUGUGGAGGUCCUGGGCUGGCGUUGUUACACGUGGUCUGUGGUUGUGAGGCCGGUUGGACUUACUGCCAAAUUCUCUAAAACAACGGAGGCAGCUUAUGGGAGAGAAAUUAACAUUCAAUUCUCUGGCAACAUCUCUGGUGGACAUUCCUGCAAUCAGCAUGCAAAUUGCACUCUCCCUCAAAACUUGAGACAUCUGUGUCAUUGUGUGACAAAACUGCACAUUUUAGAGUGGCCUUUUAUUGGCCCCCAGCACAAACUGCACCUACUGUAUGUAAUGAUCAUGCUUUUUAAUCAGCUUCUUGAUAUGCAACACCUGUCGGGUGGUGGAUUAUCUUGGCAAAGGAGAAAUGCUCAUUAACAGGGAUGUAAACACAUUUGUGCACAAAAUUUGAGAGAAAUAAGCUUUUUGUGCACAUGGACAUUUUCUGGGGGAUAAUUUAUUUCAGCUCAUUAAACAUGGGACCAACA